AUGGGGAAAGAUGGACUGGAAGGCCGAUGGAAAUACGCCUUGAUCAACGAAUGGCAAAUGCUCCGCGACGAACACACAGACGGCGGACCCGAAGCUGGGGGUUCCGCUCGUGAUGGCUCCUGGCGGUCUCACCUGAAGCUUAGAGUAAAGAGUGACCCUGGAAGGCCGACCGGGAUCUCGCCGCUCGAAGUUGCACGUCGCGAAACACAGGCCAGGGGCCACUUCUACUGGGAAAGGAAGAACGACGAACAGGUGCUGCAUACUGUAGUGCAUCUUUGCUUUCUCCUCGAGCCGCCUCCAGCACGAACGGAAGCGCAGUCGCCCAGGGGUUCAGGGGUCUCUGAUCGUACAAGACGACCCCGAGACAAGUGCCUGGUAGCCAAUGGCUUGGAUUGA